AUGGGCGCGCAUCCGUCGAAGGGGCCCAAGAUUACAGAUCAAGACCGUGCAGUACUAGAAUUAAAGCGCCAGCGUGACCGCGUGCGGCAGUAUCAAGUCAAGCUCCAACAUGUGCUGGAUCGCGAACAUGAAUUGGCGCGGCAGGCUCUCCGAGAAGGGAAUAAAGACAGGGCACGAUUGGCACUUCGACGCCGUGCAUAUCAACAGGGCCUUAUUGAUAAAACCGACCAACAAUUAGCUACCUUGCAGGAACUCGUUUCUACCAUUGAGUUUGCUCAACUGGAGCAAAGCAUUGUUUAUGGUCUGGAGCAGGGCAACGAAGUAUUGAAACAAAUUCACAAAGAAACCAGCUUGGAGCGUGUUGAGCGUCUUAUGGACACAACAGCCGAAGCUCAGCAAUAUCAACGUGACGUGGACGACAUGCUAUCAUCUCAUCUCUCCGUCGAGGAGCAAGAGGAAGUGGAAGAGGAGCUGGCAGCCUUGUCUCAAGUGGUGCCAGAUACGCAGGCAACACCAGCCGUCCAGUCUCUCCCGAACGCACCGACCAGCGAGCUAGUCGGGCCCCAGCUCAAAACACCCAUGCCAGAGAGAAGCAUGGUCGCAGACUUGUCCUAA